GUGGAAGGUAAUAGUGCAAUAAACCAGUUGGCACACGCAAGGGGUAGGAAUGUAAACACAGCUCCUUUCGUUUAGCAAGAAGGAAACCAAGAGUUUUAAACCUCGGUUUUAGGCAAAUCGUUUCCGUUUCCAAUAAAUGUUACUAAACAUCAGAUGUAGAUUCAGAGUUUGCAACUAGCUGGGACAAAAAGUGAAGGACAGUAGGGCCUCCCACCACCACCACCACUACCACCACCACUCCCGAAACCAGAUGCAAAAUAAACCGAAUGAGUUGCCAGGAAGUGUGAUUUAAUGAUUAAGCCAGAGAACAAGUGAGCAAGUUUUAAUGCAAACAUUUACACUCCCCUUCUCCCGUGUGUAAGCCACCAAGUGCUGGGCCGGUUCUGAAAUCUAAUGAGAACGAGCGAUUAUAGCUAGAUGCGUUGCAUUCUUCCUGUGCUUCAGUUCCUCUGCUAAAUGCUUUCUGGACAUGCAUGGUCUGUGCAGUAGAUAAUACGAUGAGGGACAGAACUGAGGCUCAGAGCUCAACUGAUUUUUUUUUUUCGAGGUUGCACGGCUAAUAAAUACACAGCCAGAAUCUGAAUCCGCAUAGUCUGGCUCUAAAACCUGGCUCCACUGAUUCUGACUGUCCAGAAACGAAUUCUAAACCUACCCUUGAGUCUGUCUACAAACACUGCGCUUUAUAACAGAUGGUUUGUAAAAUCAGAUUGAAGCUAAUCUUGUCAUCUGAUGCCCGGAAUUCAGCGCCCCGAUUUCCAAAGGUCUCAAGAUAUUCGAGAUUGUUCAGGACCAUUAAGUGCACUUACUGAACUGAACACUAAAGUGAAAGAGAAGUUUCAACAGUUGCGGCACAGAAUACAGGAGCUGGAGCAGUUGGCUAAAGAGCAAGACAAAGAGUCGGACAAGCAAGUUCUGCUCCAGGAGGUGGAGAACCACAAGAAGCAGAUGCUCAGCAAUCAGACGUCGUGGAGGAAAGCGAACCUCACCUGCAAAAUCGCCAUCGACAACCUAGAGAAGGCAGAGCUUCUCCAGGGAGGAGACCUCUUGAGGCAAAGGUAUCUGUCUGCUGCAGAGGCAGCCCGACGCCCCGCUGGCCGUCAUAAGAGGCUCCGCACAUCCUGGGCACGACCAGGAACAUGCAGCAACAGGAAAACCGCCAAAGAGAACCUGGCGCAGACGUCCAGCACCAUCACCGAGAACCUCAUGGGGAUCAGCCGGGUGAUGUCCCAGCAGGUGCAGCAGAGCGAGGAAGCCAUGCAGACGCUGGUCACCUCUUCCCGGACUAUCCUGGACGCCAGCGAAGAAUUCAAGUCCAUGUCGGGGACCAUCCAGCUGGGACGGAAGCUCAUCACAAAAUAUAAUCGCCGAGAGCUGACGGACAAGCUGCUCAUUUUCCUGGCCCUGGCCCUGUUUCUCGCUACGGUUCUCUACAUUGUAAAAAAGCGGCUCUUUCCAUUUUUAUAAGCCAAGAGCUGCCAGCGUCUGCCCUUUCAGCUCUGGUGUCAGGACCCAGCCAGGCUCCUGAGCUCUGGCCCAGCUGCCAGCCGACCCACCUCCCCGGGGGUCCAGGUGCUCAGCAGAACUGAUGGAGAUGCUCCGCCCGGGUUCUUGCAGGUGGCUGCCUUGUAAAGGACCACAGAACAAGGGGAGGCCUGUCGUCGGGACGCCUACAGGCACAGGGACUCCGAGAGCCACCGACAUGGGUGGCUGCUACGUGGGGCACUCGGAGCCCACCCUCUGGGAUGUGAUGUUCCUCUCUCUUCCUCUCCCGCUGUGGCCUUCAUGCCUGAUCAGGGGAGGGAAGAGAACUGGGGUGGGAGGAUGAUGACUUGGGUCCAUUCCUGAAUAAACUUGACUGUAUUGAAUAGAGUGAAA